CUUUUAUUUUCCUCCAUAUAGUAACUCAUUGGAGCUUUAUUGAAUUUAAUUUCCACAAUAUUUAUGUAGCUUUUGAUUACGCGUGCAACUUUUAAAAAUCUGCAAAAUCCUUACAAGUUGACUGGACAAUCUUAAUGUUGAAUCCAUGGCACUUUUACCAAAUGAUAUUAUUCAUGGCAAUCAUACCUGCUGAGUUGUUUUAAUAAAAUAAUAAGUUUUGGUUGGCAGAUACAUUUCAUGAAGUCAAGAGGAAAUGUGAUUGGAGAAAGGGGACUCAAGGAAGAGGAACUAGGGGUGGUCAAGGAAACUUUUCUGAUGCUGUUGGUGGGAGGAAUGUGGCUACCCGAAGGGAAAAUGGAGUUGUUCGCAUGACAGACAGAAGUGCUUCGAACUCGUUACACUCUGUGCAGAAAAAAAAUAACACUGCAGUGAAUCCUGUGACAAAAGAUUUAACUACCACUUCCUGUGACCCUUCAACUCUUUCCAAUAGGAGUUCUAUUCGCAGCCAUGGUCCGCAGCUGCUUGCUGCUGCUGAUGCAGGUAGUACAGCUCACACUGUGAAGUCAGAUUCUUUCCUACCACCUGCAGCAUGUCCACCAUUGCCUAUGCAAGUUUCUGUCUCUGUAAUGCUAUCCAAGGAAGGAAAGUCCACAACAUUUUUUAAUGGCCUCCCAGCUUCUACCACUCUAGCAUCUGUAUCUGGCUCUGUAUCUUCUUCUUCAGACCCCAUAUUGGCCCCUUCUAUGACUAGAAAUCCUGGUUCUGUUGGUACAAUUAAACAUGAAGUGGGUUGCCAGCGGAAAGCUGCUGAACAGAAUAAUAUUCAAGGAAACAAAAAAAUUUCUCUGAGUAAAUCAAAGGCAGUUGGAAAGAGUCAGUUGUCUGAAUCUCUGCAGCCCUCGACUUUGUCUACAUAUAAUGAUUCUUUGGUUGUCAGGUCUUCUGCUAGUGAUAGCCAUUCAUCAGAGGAGUUGGCUAAAUCUUUAAAAACAGCAGUCUUGUCUGAAGAUGCUCAAGCUAAACUCAGUUCUCAGUUGCUGCCAGAACCAUCCAUCACUUCUGGACAUGUUAAAUUUCCAAAUCACUUUAAAGUCCCUGAAGCGUUAAAAAGUGGUUUAACUUUUGGAAGCUUUGAAUCAAAUUCUGGACCAGGAAAGGAAUAUAUCAAUGGUGGUUUGACUUUUGGAAGCUUUGAUUCUAAUUCUGGGCCAAAAACAAAAUGUAGCAAUGCUAUUGAUGGUGACAUAAACUCCACACUUGCUGUUGAACUGACACAUUCAACUGUUGAAAAUGCCAGACCUUUUAGCAAUGAUAGUGGAUCGUCACCUAUGCAAGUUGAUCAUUCUUAUCAACCAGAGUCCCCUCAACCUGUGGUUGAAAAAGUGCUAAUAUCAGAGGAUAAUAAUGCACCGGGUGCAGACUCGAAGGUUGUUCAAUCAAAGCAGGAUGCAAUGUUGCUUCCAGAAUGCCAUCAGAACUCAACUGUUCAAAUUUCCCCAAGCUAUGGUUUUGGGAUCAUGCCACCCUUGCAGGCUGCUCACCCUGUACCAUUUGUAGGACAUGAGACUCAGGCACCGGAUGUUUCUCAACUUUCAGGCUUUGUUGGUGAGAAUGCUAUGGCUACAUCGACUUCAAGUCUGAGUCAAUCGAUGCAGCACACUGUUGCUGCUUCUCUGCACCCACUUCUUUUCAGGCCACCAUAUCCUCUUAACUAUCUUCAGUAUGGGCAUUACUUCAAUCCGUAUUUUUUGCCACCAAUGCACCAAUUCUUGAGCCACAAUGGGCUUCCUCAACAGCCAUUGACUGGCAAUGCAUUUCUUACAUUAGCACCUGCUGCUGCUGGUGUCAAGUUCCCAUUCCCUCUUCCACAAUUUAAGCCCGGAACUACUGCCAGAAACCCAACUCCAGUUGCACUCCCAGCUUUAUAUGGAUCAUAUGGCUCUUCCCCUAUGGGCUUCAAUCCUGGUCCAGCUGUAUCCCCUGGAAGCUCUGCUGGUAAUGAUGAUCUAUCAGCAUUUCAGUUGAAGGAAAGAAAUAUCUACACUACAGGAUCACUGAGCGAAGUUUCAUCUUGGAUUCCUCCACCUGGGCAAGAUAUAUCCAGCUUGCAGCUCAGUUCCUUGUACCAACUUCACCCUCAGGGACAGCACCUCACCUUCUCUCCUCCACAGGCUGGGCAUGGUACCUUUCCUGGAUUUUACCCACCAUUGCAAACAAUGGCUGCACCUUCAACUGUUAACCAACUCAUGCAACAGUCACAGGCUAUGCCUGCAACUGCUGAACCUGUGGUACCCUCAUCUGGUCCUUACCAGCAGUCUCAACAUACACAGAUCAACUGGAACUCUUAGCUACUCAAGCAUAUGAAACCUCUAUUAAUGGCCCCAGCAUAAAGCCUGAGACAAGGGAAGUGUUAGAGAGCUUGGAAGUGUACAUGUAAAUGCGGCUGCAAUGCUUAGGUUAAUAUGAUAGGUGGGGAGGAGAUAGAACGCUGACCUUUUUCAAUAUCAAAAUGAUAGGUUCAUGUCUUUUUGCUGCUCUUCUUAAUUUGUGCUCUUUUCCUUAGCAUCUGCCCUGCUUGGGGUGGACUUCUAUUGUUUAUUAAUUCCAAUAGAUGAUGAAGGAAUUUAAUAGGUUGAGAGUAGGUGGGAUUUAUCAAUUUUUGCUUUCAGGCGUCGCAACUGUAAAUUGAAUUUUGAGGAAUGGCGAGAUAUACUGCACUGGGAUUCGCACUU